AUGAUGAUGCACCUGGAUGAGGGCACCACUCACAAGAAGAAAUCUUUGAUGAUCUUAUCUGCUCAGAUUGUUUGUGGACAAGGUUCGCGACGAGCUCCAGGCCACAACUUCCUUGGCUCCACCUACCUCUCGCGAUUCCUUUUUUCGGUCCUGCUUGGACGUACGUAUGCCCGCCAAAAAAAAGUGUUGUACGACUUGUUGGAUGCUUGGGCCACGGAUCUCACUGAAUGUUACCAGGAUGGUAUCCGUAUCAAUGAUCAGGACACGAUAUGGCCAGUCAUCCUUUCUUGUAAGGGGGACUGGCCAGCUGUAGCAAAAGCUGGCAGACUGCAGAGGAACUUUAUGCGGGAUGCCCCAUCGAGUGGCAGCCCUCCUGGAAUCUGCCACCUCUGCAGGGCGGGCAUGCUGGGGUAUCCGUGGAACUCAUUCGAGGCAAACGCUGCAUGGCUUCAUGCAGACAGCCCUAUUCCUUGGACCACCCCGUCUCCGCUUGCGAAGAUACCUCAGGAUUCAUCGAACCCUGCAAGUUUUUACGCUGUGGACCUCUUCCAUGUGUGUCACAAGGGUGUCGUCGCAGAUUACGCAGCUCUGGUCGAUGCGGAUUUAGUGGGUGAUGCUCCAGGUGGCUUCGAAAAACGCUUGGCAUCCUUCUAUGAGGGUGCAAAGGCAUGGUGCACUGCCCAUGGCAAGUAUCUUCACAUGACGAACCUGACAAAAGACCUCCUGGGAUUAGACACGAUCGGGGCUGACUAUCCUGUUGGGCGAUGGUUCAAAGGAGCGGACACAGCCCUGCUAUCCGAGUACCUCGAAGACAAAUACCGUGUCAUUUUAGCUGACCUGGAAAAUGAGGAGCUAGAAGAAGACUUCCGAAUAAUCUAUGACGGCUUGGUGGCUAUCAACACUUUUAUGUCGAGUAUUUACCAUCAACCUUUGUGGCUCCAGCCCACAGACGCUGCCCGGAUCGCGCAGCAAGGCAUGCUGUUCAUGCGCGCUUUUAAUUGCGCAGCAAGCAGAGCACUUGAAAAGUCUGUGCCGCGGUUCAAAGUGAUGGAUCAAGUGAGUCUUAACGCGCUGGCUUAUGCGUGUCAACUCGACGAGGACUUCGUGGGCCGCGUAAGCG